AUGAGAAACCCUCCGCCAGCGGUUGUCAGCUCUUGGCCCAAGCCCAACUACGUGAACCCUGAACGACAGGGUCCAAGCUCCAUUAUAGUUGGAGCCAUAUUUCUUUCGAUAUCCUUCCUUGUUGUCGGGCUACGAAUGUUUGUGCGGCUUCAUAUGAAAAAGACCGCAGGAUGGGACGACUGGCUGAUGCUUGUUAACUUGCCUCUUUUGGCCUGCCAUACUUCUGUGUUGAUAGUCGGAACGUAUUUUGGAUGGGGAUAUCAUAUCUGGGAUAACAAACCGCAAUGGAUUCGAGGCUCCCGAGUUACCACUUGGGUCAGCCAGCUCUGUUCUGUGUUGAUUAUGACAUUUGUGAAGCUCUCUAUUUUGGCCUCAUAUCUUCGCAUCUCAAAGACAGCCAAAUCAUUGAGAUAUGCCACAUGGGUUAUGAUUGGCGUGAUAACUGCAUGGGGAGUUGCAUUUGCUUUCUCGUUAUUUUUUGCUUGCGUGCCAUUAAGACACUACUGGGACCAUUUCAGUGAUCACCAUUGCUCCAAUGAAGCUGGCCGGAUUAUGACAACUUCAAUAUCAAAUCUUGUCUCCGACGUCCUCGUCCUCGCCCUCCCAAUUCCCACAUUUUGCAAGAUGCACCUUCCGAUUAGAGAGAAAGUCAUUCUUAUUAUCCUGAUGAACUUGAUACUAAUGUAUGAGUAUCUCCACUAUGAGUAUCUCCACUAUCCUGUUUUGGCCUUUUUUUUUGCCUGCGCCGCAUCAAUUGUGCGAGCGUACUACACCUAUGUGGUUGUUGCUCGAACUUAUGAUGUAACAUGGAUAGGAUAUAAAGUGUGGCUAUGGAGUUCCCUCGAGGGCAAUCUCCUCGUGAUAUGUGCAUCUGUACCGACGCUACGACCUUUCGCAAGGAAAUAUUUCCCGCGUUUGGGAUUCAAAUCCGUCGAUGGAACGUCCCAGGAAAACUCAGCCGCGCAGGCCCCAGCACUCCAGCGCUCCCCUUCUCAAAGCCGACAUUCAAGCGAGAAAGACGAAGAAAGCUCGUUGGAAGACCUUGCUCAACAAUAUUUAAGAACAACUGUCGAAUGA